UAAAGCGAAUAGCAGGGUUGCAUUAAUAUAUGCAGAUCAUAUUAAAAGGCAGAUCAUUCAGAAAGUUCUCUCUAGAGUUGUGUACAGCGCUCAAGGCAUGUCUCAAAGAACGCUUCCUCUGCUUAUAAUAAACCUCGGCGGAGAAAUGCUUUAUAUUUUGGAUCAGCGCCUUCGAGCGCAGGAUGAACGCGAUGAUAAAACUCAGAGAGGUUGCUGGACAGAGGAUGACAGAAAAAGAGUUAUGAAUGAUAUCGCGACCACUUUGUUCAGUAAGACGUUUCUAGAGGAGAUUUUAAAGCCUCAGGAUGUGUUCACUCAUCGAGGCCUGCGGACAGUUCUGACACGGAUCGCACACGCCUCCAUUAUGCGUCUAAACUCAGCCAGCAUGGACAAGUUGUAUGAUUUGAUGACUAUGGCCUUCAAGUACCAGAUCCUUUUGUCUCCACGUCCACGUGAUCUACUGCUCAUCACCUUUAACCACACUGACGGCAUUAAAGGUCUAGUAAAGGACAGUCACAACCUGGUAAACCAGAUCAACGAAGCCCAGCGGCAACUUAUAGAGCUGUACACACCCUUAUCCGACGGUGACUUUCAACUCAUCCGACACACGCUGCUGGUCCUCUUUCAAGAUAUGCAAACCAGGGUGUCAAUUUUCUUGGAAGAAAAAAUCCAGAACCCCAACGGACGCUUUGUGCUGUCGACCUCGGGGCCAGUGCCUUACGGAUAUGAGGUUCCUGGAUCAAUUAGGUGGUUUACUAAAGGAAGAGAGGUGAGGAGAACGAUGUUUCCCAGUGGAGAAAAUUAUGUACAAGCUUUAAACGAUGCCUCAUUCGACCUCUCUGGAGACAGAGUCACACGCUUGGGCACCAACAUGUACAGCAAAGCCUCACCUGAAGACUCACGACCAUCAGACACUUCCAACAGAACCAGAAAACAAAAGCAGGUGGAGUAUGCUCCUAACCUUCUGGCCACAGAGGAACUGAAUUUGCUGGCUAAACUAAUGGGUGGGAUGGAGGUGCAGAAGCUCUCGAAUGUGGACGCUGGUUUCAAAGUGAACCUGUUAACCUUGGAGGAGUAUGAGGGGAUCUGUGUUGUGGCAGGGGCGGAACAACAGUCAGCCAAAGUCAUCAACAUACAGGCCAUACAGGAUCAGUUAGUCAAUACUGAGCUGGCCCGUAUUGCAGGGGAGUUUUCCGAAGAUGGAAGCCCAACAGAGGGACACAUAAACAAAGGAGAUGACUUGUUGGCCAUGAUGGAUGAUAUCUGAAGGACAUAAAUUGGGUUAUCAUUAUAUUUUGUUGUGAAGGUUGGGAAGUGCACACAAUAAAAAUA